AUAAAUAUGGUAUUGAAAUACAUGGUAUUAUUGAAAUUUUUGUCUAUACAAUGUUUAUUGAUGAAACUUAUCUGAAAUGAAUGUUGGAUUGUUAGAAACUAUAAAUUGUUAUAUUAAUGAAUAUAUUUAAUUGAAGUAUAUUAUUUUAAAUAUUAUCAGUACUGGAUUCUUAAAAUUACAAUAUACCAGAACAAUUGACAAUAAUACCAUAACAUGAAAGUAGAAUGUAUGUUUGUGGCAAAGAACCAAAACUCCACCACCAAACUCAUUUGCAGUAAUUGCAGUUGAAAUAACAAAUCGCUGCUGUCCUUUUGAAACGUCGUAUCUCCGUAUAUCGUGAUUUUUAUUUUUUGCCAUAAAUCAUAAUUAUUAGUCACCCUUUAUGUGUGUCACAGGGUUUUGCAAAUAUCUAACCAAUAAAAAGUAUUAAAAAGUGCUUGUCGAAUACACAGUAUGUAAUCAUUUAAAAAGUUCAGUGUUUUUUUUUUUUCAAUUUCCUGAAAAACUGCGAAUUUGGACAUCCAAGGUUUUACAAGGACAGCGACAAAAUGUAACGUUCUCAAAUUCCACAUAGCUGCAUUGCCUGCGAUGCCAGUGCAAAUCCCCACACAGCGCUGUGAGCAGAAGCAGGUCGUAUGGCAGAACUCGUGGGAAAAGCAAUUGAGCGAGCAGCAGUCUUCUAAAUAAUUGGGCACAUGAGGAAAUGGUGACGAAAAUCCCUUAGAAAUGGCUAGACAAUCAAAUGCUAACAGCACUGUAGUGCAUAGCGCAGCACAUUUAUACUGGCUUUACGUAAAUGCCAUUUAGAAAUACAGCUGUGAGCCACAACAAAGCCAGUCAAAAUGUCCAUUCUGUUGCACUAAAUCUAUAUACUGUAUGUUUUUCUUUGUGUUAGAAAUUUCCUUCAAGUUCCAACCAGACAGCUAUGAUGGUUGGAAAGCCGGUGAGACAGUGGAGGUCCGUCUGUAAGGGGCUGAUUCUGGGUGGUCUCUUAACCACCUGCAUGAUUCUUCUGUAUUGUCUGUCGGCCCCGGAGGUUCACUUCGGUCUGCAGGAGGUCCCGGUACCUUUCUCGUGCGCUCAUCGCCCAUCUCCCGCUCACUCCUCAACAAUCUCUAACAGCUCCCAUCAUGCAUCAGGGCAGAGGGCCUGCUCUCCCAAAAUGGACGUGAUGUUCCUGAAAACCCACAAAACAGCCAGCAGCACUUUUCUCAACAUACUCUUUCGCUUCGGCGAGAAGCACCAUCUCAAAUUUGCCUUCCCCAACAGCCGCAAUGACUUCUUUUACCCCUCCCCUUUCCAUCGCUCACAAGUGAAAGACUACAGACCGGGAAUGUGUUUUAAUAUCAUCUGUAAUCACAUGCGUUUCAAUGCUGCCGAGGUGGCCAAUGUGCUCCCGGCCGACGCCUCGUACAUCACAAUCCUCCGUGACCCAGCUGACCUCGCCGAGUCCUCCUUCCAUUAUUUUGGACGUGUGGUACCUCUGACGUGGAAGCUUUCGGGGGAGGAUAAACUUGGAGAAUUCUUGACAGAUCCUGAGCUUUACUACGAUCCAGAGGGAUUCAAUUCCUUCUAUCUUAAAAACUUGCUUUUCUUUGACUUUGGCGAGGAUAAUAACGUGGACCCUCAUGACCCAAAGGUGGAGGUUGCCAUUGACGCCAUCGCCAAACGCUUUCAGCUGGUAAUGCUUGUGGAGUACUUCGAGGAGUCUCUUAUCUUGCUCAAGGAUGCUCUCUGCUGGGACAUGGAGGACUUGGUAUUUUUCAAACUCAACGCGCGGAAAGGUUCAACCAUUUCUAGACUGACCCCAGAGCUCAGAGCCAAGGCGCUGGAAUGGAACGCUAUCGAUUGGAAGCUUUACCAGUAUUUCAACGGCACUUUUUGGCGUAAGGUGGACGCUUACGGCCGCAAGCGCAUGGCCAAAGAUGUGAUGGAGCUGCAUCGCAGGAACGCAGAAAUGACUUCUGUUUGCAUCGAGGGAGGCCGCGCUGUCGAUGCAGGAAACAUUCUUGAGACUUCCAUGCAGCCGUGGCAACCCAUAGGCGAGAAGUCAAUUAUGGGGUACAAUCUGAAAAAGAACAUAGACAAAGUUCAUCGAAAGCUCUGUAGGAAAAUGCUCACCCCAGAGUUGCAAUACCUUACGGAUAUGGGCGUCAACCUGUGGAUAACAAGACUGUGGGGUCACAUAAGAGAAAUCAUUCACUGGUAGUCUUGUUUUUACCAUUAAGGUGAAAGAUUAGCACUGACUUGUAUGCAACAGACCUAAAACCUUUUCUGUGUCAGAAAGAAAGAAAAAAUUAAUGAAAAUGUUUUAUAGUUUUAUAAAUCUCACACAAGCAAGUGCUGACAGUCACAUCUUUAACAUGUUAGCUGUGUGUUUAUAUAACAGUGUACUGUAAGUCACUGCUGUGUAUUACAAAGUGUUCGAGUGCUUGAGUCAAUCAUAAAAAAUGAAUCAACUACACACUUGUUGUUACAUGACCUCAUUCUUGGUUUUUAUUGUUGGUGCCAAUGGCAAUAGCAAUAAAUUUCUUACAUCUGAUAUGGUGGAAACGGUUGUCAUGGAAACAGCUUUGCUGAUAUGAUCUGUUGAUGAAAAACUCUUGUUCGGAAUGUUGAGUUAAAGGGUGCUUUUGUGAGAAAAUGUGAUGACAUAAGGCUUGGUGAAGCCACUCAGAAAAUAAAAACUUUAUGUAACUUUCAUGUGUCUCAUUCCUGUUUUACCCACAUGAGCAACACAAUCCGACACUUUUCAGGGAAUGAAUGAAGUCUUUCAUUUUUGGUUGCAUGAGAACAGUCUUUCAGAGAUAUCAAUCACAAAAAUAGAGCAGAAGCUGGUUGUGAAUGGAAUGACCCAGUAUAAACUCCUGCAGAGGAGCCUUUUGGGCAUUGCAAUUGUGUUGAUCCAUAAUACACCCCGAUUCUUCUCUUCGGCUCGUAUGUCGGCAUAAGAGAA